CGACGUUUGUUUCCCUGCGCAUCUCGGCUUCCGGUUGCCGCUAGCUAGUUAAAUAUAAUAAAUACAUUCAAGAACCACCUGCAACUGGUAUCCCUCCCAUCUUGGCUGGGGGUAGCUGGCCGGCGGCUCAAGUAUUUUGGACCUGGCCCAGCCUAUGUGGGGAGCAGAAGAGUCUGAGUCAGAGCUGAAGAUGGUCUGAUGGACCUCCGCUUUUUGCUGACUUUCCUCUUCUGCUCAGUCUCGUGGAUCUUCUUCUGGGAGGUGCGCUGGAAGAAAGGCAAAGAAAGUCAGAUUGAAGAAUGGAUUCAAGGCCACAGUCUCUCCGAAUACAAACACUUACUUGAAGAUGUGGAGACUCUGGAGGAGCUGAGCCUGAGUAUUCUGACUCGUCUGGAGUACGUGGUGAGAGAGAAGCGGCGCUGGAGGGACAUCGCAGAGGCUCAUAUCCAGCUGCUGCGAGACUUUGCCUUCCAGGAGUGGCUCUGCUCUCAGAGCCUUGAGCACUACUAUCAUACACUGAAGACCUUGGGUUGUAUGACUCUGGAUGAUCUAGCCCAGUUUGACAGCCAGUUGCAGCUCUCUCUUGCUGCGUGGGGAUACUACUACGAAGACUACAUCAAGCUGUCCACGGGCGUCAAGGUUCUCCAGGCCUCUAGGGGGAGCCGCGACCAGGACUACGAGAUCCAACUCGUGCACAGCCUUGCUGAAAGGCGCCUGAAUGAGAAGUGGUCUAUCGCGGGAGCUUUUAUAUUUGGCUGUACUGUAGCACUGUGCUUUCUGAUAAGGGACCUCAUGUUUUACGUGAUUGGUGGAAUUACUGUUUCCAUCAUAGCGUUUGUCUUUACCAUCAAGUUCCUAUGUGAGCUUGCUGCGCGGGUGGUUAGCUUCCUGCAGAAUGAGGAUCCCGGGAGAAGGGGUGACCGCAGCAUCUACGACUAUGUACGAGGGAACUACCUGGACCCGCGCUCCUGCAAGGUGUCCUGGGAUUGGAAGGACCCACAGGAAGUGGGCCAGACUAUGAGCUUCCGUGUUCACCUCUUCUACAAGAACGGCCAGCCCUUCCCUGCCCACCGACCCGUGGGGUUAAGGGUCAACAUCACUCACAUAGAGCUGGCCCUAGACAUCCCCAUCACCCAGGAGGUUCUGCAGGAGCCAGAGUCCAAUGUGGUCAAACUGGCCUUCACUGUCCGCAAGGCCGGACGCUAUGAGGUAGCUGUCAAACUGGGAGGACUCAACGUGGCCUACAGCCCUUACUACAAGAUAUUCAAAUCAGGGACAGUGGACCCGUCCAAAACGAAGAUAGCCUACCACUUCUCCACCCUGGUCUUAGUAUAUGGCCAGCAGCAUACCCUGCAGAUCGAGCCUCGGGACGAAUAUGGCAACCCCACCAGUAAUUCCACCUCACUGAUAGACGAAGUCAACUACAGCGUCCACGUCCACUCGCUGGGCACGGUGGAUGACGACAGCCUGGAGGAGUACUACUGUAAGUCAGUGUCAUCCAACAAGCAGCUGUGCCAGGUACUGCUGAAAAUCACCCUGAGGAAGAAGGGCUGUUUCCGGGCACGCAUCUCCUAUACCGACCUGCCCCUCAGCAACGGGGAGUUCGACAUCAUUGUUCUCAGUGAGAAUGAGAAGAAGUGUGUGGAGAAGAACGUGUCCACCACAGGGAUCAGCAUCUACUUUGAGGCGUACCUCUACGGCACAGGGAACUACAGUAACUACAGUAACUCCUCGUGGCAGCUCCCAGCCUCGGCUCUGAUGGCCCCUCAGAGACGGCCCUCCAUGGGGGACGAGGAGGACGAGCAUGACUCCCCUGUAGAGGGCCAGCCGGAGAAGGUCAAGAAACCAAAAAAGGUCUACUGCUACAUAUCGCCAAAGCAACUGUCAGUGAAGGAGUUUUACCUGAAAAUCAUUCCAUGGCGCCUUUUCACCUUUCGAGUUUGCCCAGGGACAAAGUUCACAUACUAUGGCCCUGACCCCGUUCACAAGUACUUGACUCUUGUGGUGGAUGAUGGGAUCCAGCCGCCAGUGGAGCUGAGCUGUAAAGACAGAAACAUCAUGGCUGCCACCUUCAUCCGUUUCCUGCACAAGAAUAUCGGUGGCUCGGAGACGUUCCAGGACAAGGUGAGCUUCUUCCAGAGGGAGCUCAGACACAUCCACUCCAAGAGACCUCGCACCAAGACCUGCCUGAAGAUCACACGCCACUGCAUCCUGGACUCUUCUCUGAAAUCCACCCGGAACUUCUCCGUGUCGGACUGGAGUAAGAACUUUGAGGUGGUGUUUCAGGAUGAGGAAGCUCUGGACUGGGGAGGGCCGCGAAGGGAGUGGUUUGAGCUUGUCUGUAAGACCCUGUUUGACACCACCAAUCAGCUGUUUACUCGCUUCAGUGACGACAACCAGGGCCUGGUCCACCCCAACGCUGAGCGGCCGGUCCACCUGCGUCUGAAGAUGUAUGAGUUUGCGGGGCGCGUGGUGGGGAAGUGCCUGUACGAGUCAGCCCUGGGCGGGGCCUACAAGCAGCUGGUCCGCGCUCGCUUCACCCGCUCCUUCCUGGCCCAGCUCAUCGGACUCAGGAUGAACUACAAAUACUUUGAGACGGAUGAUCAGGAGUUCUACAAAACGAAAGUCUGCUUCAUCCUAAACAAUGAUGUCAGUGAAAUGGACCUGGUGUUUGCUGAGGAGAAGUACAAGUCAGGACAGCUGGAGAAGGUGGUGGAGCUGAUAUCUGGAGGAGCUCAGAUUGCUGUCAACAAUGAGAACAAGAUGCAUUAUCUGAACCUGCUGGCCCAGUACAGGCUCGCCAGUCAGGUGCGAGACGAGGUGGAGCACUUUCUCAAAGGUUUGAAUGAACUUGUUCCGGAGAACCUCCUGGCCAUAUUUGAUGAGAAUGAGCUGGAGCUGUUGAUGUGCGGUACAGGAGACAUCAAUGUCCAGGACUUCAAGGCCCAUGCUGUGGUCGUAGGAGGGUCGUGGCACUUCAGAGAGAAGGUGAUGAAGUGGUUCUGGGCCGUGGUGUCCAGCUUCACCCAGGAGGAGUUGGCUCGCCUGCUGCAGUUCACCACCGGCUCCUCCCAGCUUCCCCCUGGGGGCUUCAACACCCUCUGCCCCUCAUUCCAGAUCAUUGCUGCUCCCACACACAGCACCCUGCCCACCGCACACACCUGUUUUAACCAGCUUUGCCUCCCCACCUAUGAUUCCUAUGAGGAGCUGCACAAGAUGCUGAAGCUGGCCAUCAGUGAGGGCAGUGAGGGCUUCGGCAUGCUCUGAGUGGCCCUAUCCCUGGAGCUCACCCCCAGACUCUGAGUGGCCCUAUCCCUGGAGCUCACCCCCAGACUAUGAGUGGCCCUAUCCCUGGAGCUCACCCCCAGACUCUGAGUGGCCCUAUCCCUGGAGCUCACCCCCAGACUCUGAGUGGCCCUAUCCCUGGAGCUCACCCCCAGACUCUGAGUGGCCCUAUUCCUGGAGCUCACCCCCAGACUCUGAGUGGCCCUAUUCCUGGAGCUCACCCCCAGACUCUGAGUGGCCCUAUCCCUGGAGCUCACCCCCAGAGUCUGAGUGGCCCUAUCCCUGGAGCUCACCCCCAGACUCUGAGUGGCCCUAUCCCUGGAGCUCACCCCCAGACUCUGAGUGGCCCUAUCCCUGGAGCUCCCCGCCAGACUCUGAGUGGCCCUAUCCCUGGAGCUCACCCCCAGACUCUGAGUGGCCCUAUCCCUGGAGCUCACCCCCAGACUCUGGUCACACUGUGGUCCUGCUCAUACAGCAGUGGGGUACCAAUGACACCAGCACCAACCAGGCCCCUGGUACGCCUGUUACCCGCUCCAUCCGCUUUGGACAAUGGACAUCCCUCCUCGACUCACACGGGCUACCCAUGAUCCUCUUUCAGCGGUAGAGGGCAUUAAAGGAAUUCCACAGGAAGUCCAGGAGGCUCUGGGACGUCGUCAGGUGUCUGCACUAUGUGUAUAUACUGUACAAUGUUUGCUUUUCUAAUGAAGAACAUGACCUAGUGUUAGAAAAGGCUGGGUAGUUUUAUUCUAGAUGUUAGAGCUGUUUAAUUUUACGUUUUUGAGACAGAAUAUAGAGCUAGUUAAAGAGCCUAGUGAGCUUGGUGUUGUUUUGGUUUUUUGAAUUUUAUUUUGGAAAAAAGCUGAGGAACAUUUAAAUGCAAAAGCAGCCUACACAAAGUGUGGAGAAGCUGCGCACCCCAUAGCACUUUGGCCUUACCUGAUCAGGGAAGGAUGUGUGUGUAUAUACUGUGAAAAGUAUGAAAAUGUAUGUACUCAUACUUUAAGUCGCUCUGCUAAAUGAUUAAAAUGUCAAAUGUAUAUACAGUA